UUUUAACCAAACUAUUUAUUUCUCGAACACGGCGAACACGCAUCCACAAAGUUGUUUUCAAAUUUUAAAAGUGAAUAUAAGAAAGGAAAUAUCCCACUUAUUCUUGUAUUCCCAAUAAAGUGAGUUCUACUCGAAUAUAUUUACAUCAUGGAUGAUGAAGCGGAAACCUACAAGCUAUGGAGAAUUCGUAAAACAGUAAUGCAAUUGUGUCAUGAUCGUGGCUACCUCGUAACACAAGAAGAAUUGGAUCAAACACUGGAGCAAUUUAAGGAGAUAUUUGGUGAUAAACCAAGUGAAAAACGUCCAUCAAGAAAUGAUCUCAUUGUAUUGGUAGCUCAUAAUGAUGAUCCAACUGAUCAAAUGUUUGUGUUUUUUCCUGAUGACCCAAAGAUUGGCAUUAAAACCAUUAAAACUUAUUGCCAAAGAAUGCAAGUUGAGAACAUUCACAGGGCCAUUAUUGUUGUACAGACUGGUAUGACUCCAUCAGCCAAACAGAGUUUGGUAGACAUGGCUCCAAAGUAUAUCUUGGAGCAGUUUCUUGAGAGUGAGCUGUUGAUAAAUAUCACUGAGCAUGAACUAGUGCCUGAACAUGUUGUGAUGACACCAGAAGAAAAACAAGAAUUGCUUGCAAGAUAUAAAUUGAGAGAAAACAUGUUGAUGAGAAUCCAAGCAGGUGAUCCAGUGGCUAGAUAUUAUGGUUUGAAGAGAGGACAGGUGGUGAAAAUUAUUCGUUCGUCAGAGACUGCAGGUCGUUACAUUUCAUAUAGAUUAGUAUGCUAAGUUUCUAUUUUAAUUAUAUCUACUACAAAUUA